ACAACUUUUGAUUUUCUUAUCUUUCGUUUCUCUCAUAUCUGUGCCUCUGUGCCGUCAAGGGCAGUUAGCAGUUGUCUGAUCUCACUGACAAAUGAAAGAUGGAUUCAAGCAACCCAGGACGCAAGCAUGAUCCUGAGCUGUACCUUGAUGUAGAAGUUAACCUCCCUGCAGUGAAACAGCGGGCAGCAUCACUUGGAACAAGGAGGGCAGUGAAGAAGAACUAUCAGGCUGCAUGGCUUGCCCGAGCAAUUACGUGCAUUGACCUAACUACGCUGUCAGGAGAUGAUACGUACAGCAAUGUGCAUCGCUUGUGCACUAAAGCUCUCAACCCUGUCAAGCCGAGCAUCCUCGCUGGUCUUGGCCUUGAAAACGAAGGGAUCACGACAGGCGCUGUUUGUGUCUACCCUGCAAGAGUGUCAGAUUGCGUGAAGACAUUUAACGAACUGGGUUCAAAAGUUCCUAUUGCUGCUGUGGCAACUGGCUUUCCGACAGGACAGUACUCAUUACGUACAAGGCUGGACGAAAUCAAGUACGCCGUUGAGAGUGGUGCAAGUGAAAUAGAUGUAGUCAUAAACCGGACAGCAGCACUCACCGGAGACUGGGAUACUGUAUACAAUGAGGUCUGUGAGAUGAAAAAAGAAUGUGGCAGAGCCCAUCUCAAGACCAUCUUGGCAACUGGCGAACUUGGUUCACUAAGGAACGUCUACAAGGCGAGCAUGGUGUGCAUGAUGGCAGGGGCUGACUUUAUAAAGACAUCUACAGGGAAAGAAAGUGUCAAUGCUAUACUGCCAGUAGGAAUUGUAAUGGCACGAGCCAUAUGGGACUACUAUACAGAUACCGGCAUAAAGGUUGGAUUCAAACCAGCUGGGGGUAUCAGAACAGCAAAAGAUGCACUUUCAUGGCAAUUUCUUAUGAAGGAGGAACUCGGAGACAGCUGGCUGUAUCCUAGCCUGUUCCGUAUUGGUGCAAGCGGCCUUCUUGGUGACAUCGAGCGACAGCUAUUUCACCAUGUUACUGGCUGUUAUGCAGCCCUUACUGAUAUGCCUCCUUGUUGAAUACAAAUACCUAGAAUGCAAUAAAAUGCUAUCUAUUUUUAUUACUGAA